AUGGAUUCCUUGGUCAACGACGUGGACGACGAUGAAAAUGUUGUCUUCGACGAUUCAUCUGAUGAUCGCCAUGUCUUGCGAAUUGUGGUUACCGAAGCUAGCACAGAAAUCGCUCGCGCUCUAAUGUAUCGAAUUCUUUCUAACAACGUAUUUGAAAAUGAUCGACUCAUUUAUUUAAUUGUUUACGAAACAUUCGAGAAAGCAUUAUUUUUAGAAAGUAUUGUAAUAGAGCUUACGGAAUGCAGCCCGGCUCAGCUCUAUGGUAGUCAGCCUUUCGAGAAAUUUUUAUUGCUCAAGUUUAGUUAUAUGCCAAGAGGAUAUGAAUUUAUGGACGAAGAGUAUGAAGAUUUAUUUUUCAAGGAGUGUGCCUUAAUUGCAAAAUUUCAUGGUGAAACCUUAGAAAGGUAUGCAAAGAGAGAUGUAAAAGUAAUUGUUCUCGGAAAUGCAACAGCUACUAUUAUUUCGCAUUAUGCGAAAUCUAUUCCUAAGAAGAACUUUACGUCCUUAUCGAAAUUAAACGUGAAAAUGUGCGCGGCUCAUAUAGCAGCGCGAACUGGUUGUCGUGUCGAUCAAAUUAAAAAUAUUAUCUUAUGGGGUACCGAUAAUAAAAGUACGUUUCCCGAUUGUAGGUACAUAUCUUUUGAAAAAGAUGUGAUUAUUAAUGACUGUUUACGUGCAUGGCUAAAAGUAGAUCUACCACGGAUACUGGAAAAUAUAUUGAAUAGAUCUUGGUAUACGAGAUCACUCGCAUAUGCACUUGCAGAACAUUGCAAAUUAUUGUGGUAUGGGACAGAACAAGAUGAAUGGACUUGCAUGGGUGUAUACUCUGAUGGUUCAUACGGUGUUCACGAGGGAAUAUUUUUUUCCUAUCCAGUAUUUUGCGAUAACAAAGAAUACGAGAUCGUUCAAGUAUCAGACAUUUUUAUUAUCCAUAUAUUUCAGAGAAAUUUCAAUAUUAUUUUACUUAUAAUUUUUGAUUUAUAUACAAGGGUCUGCUAGAUAACAAUUCAUACGUCCAGCGACAAAUAGAGAAAAUAAGUGAGUUCCUGUUGUUGAAGAUUCGUGCUGCGUUUCGAAUUUGCAAUUCGAAGUAAAACAUCGCUUUACUUCGAUGAUCAGAUAUAUCCUGUUUAUUCAUUCCUAUGAGCUUACGUAUAAAUGCUGGAACACUUCAUUUUACUUUUUUCUCUAAUACAAUUGUCCGAUUAAUGAUCCCAUAGUACAUAUAUAUAUACAUAUAUAUAUAUACAUAUAUAUAUAUAUAUAUAUAUAUAUAUAUAUAUAUAUAUAUAUAUAUAUAUAAUAAUAUAUGCCUUCUAUAUGAUUAAUUCAAUUCACAUUUCGAAAUACUUUCAAUUUUCAAAACUGACUGAAGAUCGUUUGUGCUAUGCCGUUAUACACACGACAAAUGUAAAUUUUACGACAUUAUAUGAAUGCUUUCACGCGCACGAAAUAUUUCUGAUCAUGAAAUAUGUCAGCGUAUUACAAUAUACUUACUUUCAGCUAAAUGCUCAUUUAUUUAUUGGUCCUUUGAAUUUGGUACCGGUCGUGCACCGAUUGCACCAUUUUUAUUUGAUUUAAAGAUCCAGGUACAUUAUUUGCGUGGCUGAGAUAGCCCCAAAGGCCGCCAAAGCGCUUGCUACGCAAACCACUGCCGUUGUUGUCCCAGACACGCUAACUAUAGUUCCAAGACAGCAAGAAAGGAAAAAUUGCGCUAAGAAGACCAUUGAAGAAACGAUGGCGACGUCAGUACCAAGACCACGAACGCCGCCACUUUGAAUAGCUUCUCCUUCGACCGUAAUUUCGAACUACAAAGGAGAUGUUAGAACAUUUGCAUUUUCUUUUCUUCUCUAUUUCUUUUUUUGUUUUUUUUUUUUUUGUUUUUUUUUCUUUCUUUUUCUUUUGUCUUCAUUAAAAAGUAUACCAUACUCACCGUCGACGAAGCAUGAUAAUGAGCAACUAAUAAAUAAGGCAUGGUAAAUAAAGUGGAGUACAUAACGCCAGCCGUCCAAGAGAAUAUUAUCACGCCAGCAGGAUGUUUUAUGAUAGCCAUCAACAUCAUUCCACUACUGUAAAACAACAGGCCACAAAUGUACACUUUGCGAGCUCUGGAAAAAAAAUCACCAUUGCUGGAUUGGUUCCGGUCUUGAGCGAGAGCUGAAAUUGUUUUACUAACUUGUAACGUUUUAUUAGCUUUUCGAUGAUCAAGGAGUAACACGAGCAGGAUAAAGAAUACAUGGACAUUCCCCAACAUCCAAAACGAACACCUCUUUCAUAUAAUUCUCGUUCCUUCGUGCCAUCAGGAGCCUAUAAAUAAAUCAUCGAUUUAACGGUUGCGAAUAUUUUAUAAAAUAUAUUAAAAUCAAAGUCAUUUCAUAACACGUUUAGUUUUCUUUUCAGAUAUUAUGGAGUCAUUAUAAUCGAACAGAUCUACUUUUCUGAUAGACCUUAAAUUACGCGAACUAGUGGAUAAUAAAUUAGCGAUCGAUAAUGAAAUUCUUAACCUGAGGAUUACCGCCGUAAACAGCUUCGCCAACGAAGUCAGUGAAGUAUAGAGAAUAGCAUACAUGUGCCAUCCAACAGAAAAGGUUGGUCAAACAAACCAUUCGAAGACUAUGAGGCAUAUAAACGAUAGACAUAAGGUAUUCUCUCAAGGUAACUUUCGGAUCAUGUUCUACAUCAGUCAUUUCAUAUUUCGUUUGACUCGUAUCUUGAAUGGGUAUAUCGGGUAUCAUCGGUACCUCGCCUGGUCUUUUGAUGGAUUCUUCCACUGGAAGUGGCUUUAACGCGAAUUCCUGGAAAAUAUGUGAUGGUGAAAUUAUAGAGAAAAAGAAGGAAAUGCCACAUGAGGAAUCACUCACAUCGUUUUUCGUCAUAUGCGCAUCUUCCUCGUUAUCAAUUGCACCAUACGAAGUACAUUCUUCACCAGUUAUUUUAUCGUACUCAUUUCCUUUGGAUUCUUCGGUCUAGAAAAUGUUUACAAAAUAAGUUUGGAUCGAGAUCGAGAUCGAGAUUAAACAAAUUUUUACGAUACCUUUUCUUCUCGAAUUUGCUGAUAUUGGUCCCUUUCAAGUACUUCCAAAGGAAUCUCUUUAAAACUCGUAAUGGUAAAAGCCACGCAUAUUAUGAAAAUGAUAGUGAUUAAUGUGAAAGUAGCAUGAAGGUGUCCUCCUAACAUAAUCCCAAUCGCCGUAGCGUCCCAAUUGAUACCACCUAAUCCGUAUCCCAUGAAACCACCAAGUCCUGCCAUUAUGGUGAAUGUACUCAAUCCUCUGGCAUGAUCCUCUGGAUUCAUCCAUAUAGAUUUUAAUGAUCGACUAUGCCAUAUCUAAAUAUUACCAAUGAAUUCAAUCUUAUCAUUUUACCAGGGAUAGUAACAUCGAGAAGAUAAGCUCUGGCUGGACUUUGACAAGCGUCGGCAUCGAAAUCAAGAAGAACUGUGCCCAAGAUCGUAAAAAAUAUACCCCAGGAAUGUGAAGAUGGUUUCAACGUCGGUACGUCAUCAUCCUUUGAUGACUUCGCCGUCGUUCGAUGACCUAUUGGUAUCGUAUGAUUGCUCCACGAUGAGAUGUCACCGAACGCAUAACCCAUGUUCUCGCCAUUUGGCACCAAAAUUAAUCCUUAGGUGUGAUUCAAAAUAGGAUAAUCAUUGUUAAAUACUUUGAUUUUUCACAAAUAUUCCCAAGAUAUGAGACUCUCGGAAGUUAAAUCGUUACAUUAUUCGACUGUUCGUAAAUUUCAUUAUAUGAUCGGUUUAACUUUCGAGAAGGUCAUAUAUAUAUAAUUUGAUCAUUCACCUAUCAGAACUCCAAUCGCUAACAAAAGAAUGAAGGGUCGUCUUCUACCAUAUUUUAAUCUGCAGCGAUCGCUAACGCUACCCAAGAUCGGUGUAACGAAGAAACCGACGAGAGGGCUCAGAGCCCAAACCAACGUCAUAUGCUGAUGAUCCACACCGAUUUUCAAUAAAGUAGGCGAAACGAAAGCCGUCUCGGCGGCGUAAGAAAAUUCGAUUCCCAUGACGGCUGCGGAAACCCGUACCAAUUCGCGGCGUGUUUUCUUUCUAUACAUUGUUUUUUAAUACAAAUAUUAUAUUUUCAUUUUCUUUUCUUCCUUUCUUUUCUUUUUUUCUUUUUCUUUAUCAUAAAACGAACGAUACAUGAUACAGACAUAUGUACCUGUAAAUAUGAGCAUAGUCGUCCAAGGUUCUUUCCAAUUUGGGAGGACCACGAAGAUGAUUCAGGACACCCGGUAGGCCUUGGUCGAGUGGUACACUGCUUUUCCAUUCUUUAAAAAGGUCCCAUCUCUCCUUUACUUUAUCACGAACGUCGUGAACUCUACCAGCGAAACCUUCGUAUUCGUGCAAUUUAUCCACCAUGGUUCACUGUUCAAGCUCGACGACCACUUUUGAUAAUAAUUCAAUCGUGAGUUCGUCCUUUCAUUAUCACGAAGGAUGGAAAAACGAGCAACUUAUAUUCAAAUAUGCGCAUCGAUAUUGAAUUUGUUUAAUCCUUUGCUCGGCUUGAUUAUACACGCCGCUAGAAUUUGAUUUUCAAACGUUACGAAAGCUUUCUCUUUCGCUUCUUUUUUCUGGCACGUACAAAACUUGCGUAACACACUGUCGAGAAGCGCCGCUCGACUGACAUCACCGUAAACUUGCUACCGCGAAAGCUCCAGCGAAAGCUCUCCUCUUCCUCUCCUUCUCCCUCUCCCUUAGCCUUACCCUUACACACACACACACACACACACACACACACACACACACACUCUCUCUCUCUCUCUCUCUAUCUAUCUGCUUAGAGUUCCAGCGUUCUCACCACCUUCCACCUUCACGAUACAAAUUCACCUUGCUCAGCUCCGAAAUACAAGUUGAACUUUUAGUAACUGACGAAAUUAGCUUUAUUCGUAUGAAUGUAAGCUUGUCUUCUCGAAAAUUAACGGGAAACGGAACCGAAAGCACAUUUCUCUCAGAGCAUUUCUCUGCUAGAGAAAAUUUUUAACUACUUUCUAAAUGUCACUUUAUUAUAUGUAUACAUAUUAAUAUAUGUAUCUAGUUGAUGUAUUCUGUAUACGUUUAGUUUAUUACAUAUAUGUUCAGUUUAUACAUGUUAUUGUAUUCUAUAUACGUUUAUUGUAUUAUGUAUACAUUGAGUGUAUGGAUGUUUAGUUAUGUGUAUUUAGAAAGAUAUGUAUAUGAAGAAACGAGUUUCAUUCGCAACCUUCGACGUUCGAAGGCUUUACUAUAGGACGUAAAUAUAAUUUCCUCCUCCGGAAAUUAUGUAUUUGCAUUUGGUUUUGCUUGAUGUUCUUUUCUGCAAGCUAUUUUCAUUCGUAUGUAGAUAUAUAGUAAUAAUUUUAUCCGUGCUUGAUGCUCGAAGAACUUUUAAAUAUCCUUAUAAUGUAAUUUUUAAUUCAAAUACAUAUCUCUUUACGAAAUGAAUGAGAAUAGUAUUAAUUUUAAAUGCUAUAUUGCUUUUAAACGAUAUAUCAGAAUCCAUAAAAAGAGAGAGAGAAAGAGAGACUUAUUCGAUGAUGUAUUGAAUCGAUUCAACUAUAGCAAGCUGUCAGUCGAAAGAAGUCUUACUAAGUAGGUCUUGUUGCGUAGUUGGCCUUGGCAAAAAGCUCCGUAUUACAAGCCAGUUCGAUAUUUAAAGACAGCAUCUUAUUUCUUCUAUAUCUUAAUUAGAAUUUUCACGAAAGUAUAAAUAAUCGAUAAAUCGUCCAAAUAGCGAUAUUAUUGAAAUGACACGAGUACGAACUCCAUUCUAUGAUAGUAACUGAACCAUUAAAUCAAAUCUUGACAAACGUAUAAUAUUUUUUACAUGCGUAUCGAUUAUUGCUAAAAAGUUCAAAUUAUAUGAAAUCUCUUGCAAAAUCUGCAUCAAUUUUCUUUCUACGCAAAAUGGCAGACUCAUACAUUCUUUUUAUAUCAUUCCUUGGGGAAAACUCGCUGUUUCGUUUUUAUUUAAAAAGAAAGUAAAUACUUUAGAAAAAAAUUGUUCGAGAGGAAUCCUUAAAUUUAAUGCAGAUAAUUCUUCUAUUUUAUGGCGAAUCCUUUGUGACUUGUUGUACAUCAGUUGUUAUAUGCUCUCCUUUUUAUUCUUCAUAUUUGAAGAAUAUUAUCAGUUUAUAUAUAUCAGUAUAUAUACACACACACACACACACACACACACAUGUAAUCGUUUCAUACAUAGUGGAAUUAUAAUAAAAUAAAACGAUUAAAAAUGUAAAAGGAAAGUUAGGAGAUGAAAUAGUUGUUCGAUUUGAUAACAUUACCUGCUUGCAAUAGUUCCAGUAUUGCUACUAUCGUUGUAACUUCACCAUUUUUACCUGGAAUAUUUUCGAAAUAUUCUAGAAACUAUGUAAUUUCAAAAAAUGUAAGAAAAAGAAAUAAAUGUUUUGGAAGUUACGUACAAAAGAAAGUUAUGUACGCCGUUAAGCUUUGAAUAUUAUUAUUUGAUGUGUCCACGCGAGAGAACUUCUUCUACGAGAUAUUGUUUCUCAUUACUACAGGAUCUAGAAUC